AUGGCGCACAGAGCCGACAUAUCUGAGAUUACAAGUUCUCUCGCGAGGACAACGCUUCAAGCAAACCAACCAUAUGUCUUUCUCAACACCGCUAUCAGUAUAGCUGAUGUUAUUGAAGAACUGUUCGAGUUACCGGCAGAUCCCCCAUCGUUAUAUCUUGACCUUGAAGGUACCAACCUCUCGCGGUAUAGAAGCAUCUCGAUACUUCAGAUUUUUGUUCUGCCCCACAACAGGACCUAUCUGAUUGAUAUUCAUACACUGAAGGAGAAUGCCUUUGCGAAAGCAGCAAGCAAUGGUCAGACUCUUAAAAACCUUUUGGAAACGAAAUCUGUUCCAAAAGUCUUCUUUGACGUUCGCAAUGACUCUGAUGCCCUCUACAAUUGCUUUAGAAUUACGCUUGCUGGUGUGCAAGACCUUCAACUGAUGGAGCUUACGACACGUAAUUUUUCGAAAAAAUAUAAGCUUGGAAAAGAAAAAGGACUGAAGCUGUUUACUCCAGAACGUGGAGGUAGCUAUGAGGUAUUCAAUGUUCGCCCCCUUGCUCUGGAUAUCAUGCAGUACUGUGUACAAGAUGUCCAAUUUCUACCCAGGUUGUGGCAGAAGUACAAUCGAAAAUUGAGCCAGUGGGCAGAAAAGGUCCAAGCAGAAGCCAAUGCCAGGAUCCUGGCUUCCAGAUCAGCUAGUUACAAUGGCAAAGGGAGACACAUGGCUCUGGCACCUCGGGGUUGGCACUAGAGCGUCGAGAAUGUUCAAUUAUUGGAUAUCGAAGCACAGCAGAUCUAACGGGGGUUGGAAAUAUUUCUCUUAUGUCCGACGGGUUUUAUACAGAAUGGACAAUAUAUAGCAGAGCCUUUAUACUGAAAUCUUCUGAAAACAUCAGUAGUUGCAUCUAGCAUCCUCAAGCUAGAAUCUUGAUAGUGUUGUGGGUUGGAUAUCCCAGGCCAUGUUCUGAAUGGAUAUCCGCGCUCGGGUCGCGCUGGCUUGUGUCGUUCACAUACUCCACAUGGUGUUUAAAGCCCCGCUCGAGAUGGUACAAACAAACAGCUUGCACUUUAAUUCUGUCUUUCCAUUCGGGACAUCUAUGCUAGCUUAAUGACAUAAACUAGUACGGCUUAGAUUAACUGGCAGCAUUUCG